GCCACGCACGCACGCACAACUCUUGGACGACUGCUGACUGACUGACCGCCUGCCCGUUCCCGUUCCCCUCCCUCUCCCCCGCUUCCUUCCCGACGACGUCGUCGCCGCAGUCUUUUGGUGGUUUUUGUCCCGCGGCCUCUGCCGCCCGCCCGCGCGCGAUACCUUCCCCUCUCCUCUCCUCCACUCCCCCGCUUAGAGCUCACAGAGGCCCGAAGCAGCCGAGCGGCACCACAGCGGCGGAAAGCCAAGCCGUCCCACCGACAAGGCGAGCGGCCUCUCCAGAUCUCGCAUGCGCGGCCGCCGCAGGGGCAGGAGAAGGAGGGGGAGCGGCUAGGGAGGGGCUGGUGGUGCCGCCGGCGGCGGCCGGUUUUUCCGAGAUGCGCGGGGAGCGGCUGGGGAGCUGGGUGGUGUCCUACACCGGGAUGUCGGCGGACAACAUCAAGGGCCUGCUGCUGGCGGUCUCCUCCAGCCUCUUCAUCGGGGCCAGCUUCAUCGUCAAGAAGAAGGGCCUCAAGAAGGCCGGCGCCUCCGGCGUCCGCGCAGGUGUUGGUGGCUACUCUUACCUGCUUGAGCCACUGUGGUGGAUAGGACUGAUAACAAUGGUUGUUGGGGAAAUCGCUAACUUUGCUGCGUACGCUUUUGCCCCUGCUAUCUUGGUCACUCCACUUGGCGCACUUAGCAUAAUUAUUAGUGCUGUUCUUGCACGUAUCAUUUUGCGGGAGAAGCUGCACAUAUUUGGUGUACUCGGAUGUGUUCUUUGUGUCGUGGGUUCGACAACAAUUGUGCUACAUGCCCCUGCAGAACGUGAAAUUGAGUCUGUGGCAGAAGUAUGGGAUCUUGCUACUGAACCAGGAUUUCUACUUUAUGCAGCCAUUGUGCUCACAGCAGCUUUUGUGCUCAUAUUCCAUUUUGUCCCACAGUAUGGUCAGACACAUAUUAUGGUGUAUAUUGGUAUCUGUUCUCUUUUUGGGUCUCUGUCGGUCAUGAGUGUCAAAGCUCUUGGGAUAGCCUUGAAGCUGACGUUUUCAGGGAUGAACCAGCUAGUCUAUCCACAAACAUGGUUCUUCACACUUGUUGUGAUUGCAUGCAUAGUAACACAGAUGAACUAUCUGAACAAGGCCCUUGACACAUUCAAUACUGCAGUUGUUUCGCCCAUUUAUUAUACGAUGUUUACUUCGUUGACCAUUUUGGCUAGUGUAAUAAUGUUCAAGGACUGGGAUCGUCAAAAUCCGACUCAAAUUGUCACGGAAAUGUGUGGUUUUGUUACUAUCCUUUCUGGGACGUUUCUGCUUCACAAGACAAAAGACAUGGUGGAUGGUCUCCAACAGAAUUUACCUAUCCGAAUUCCUAAACACGCGGAUGAGGAUGCGUAUGAAUCUGAAGGAAUUCCUCUCAGGUCUGCUGCUGAUAGGAUUCCUCUCAGGUCACCGAGGGGCACCGAAGGAAUUCCUCUCAGGUCUGCCGCCGACGGCAUUCCGCUCAGAUCAUCAUCGAGGGGCACAGAAUCGUUCCGCUCGACAUCAUGACCUGGUGAUGGUUGCAGCUGGGUUCAAGUCCAUGAGACGCUUGAGGGCAACAUUGGUCAAAUCAUGGUGCCUGAAUGCUUUAUACCUGGGAAGGGAAGAAUCACCAUUCUUUCGUCGGAUAGAACUCCUUAGGUUUUGACUGUAGGACUGGAAGGUAAAACGGCUCGGCGCCCCUUGUAAUUGUUGAGACUUUGGUACAGAAGUUUGGGGCUUACAUCAGUUAUACUAUAUAUACGUCUCUGGGCAAGAUAAUUAGAAUGGCCAAGGACCCGAGUUUUGAACA